UUGAGGCAUGUAACAUUAUUACAUAGCCGAAACUAAACUUGCCACUUGCGUAAACGUGUUUUCAAAUCAGGGUUUUUGGUUCUCAAGUAUCUGUAAUACGAGUACAUGUCCUUGAGGAACAAACAGGGAAUGGGUUGCCUUUGGUAUUAGAUAGCAAUUUCUUGCGUUUCCGCGAAUCUUAAGAUUUGGAACGGAAUUGAAACUCAAGACGGAAAAUUUGAAACUCAAGGUAUGGAAACUUGAAUGACAAGUCAGUCGGGCUUAAGUCUGAAAUUCCAAACAGUGCCGUAUUGUGCUGAAGCGAAUUUUAGGAGCUGCAUUUGGCCUUAUCUUUCGCGUUUUUUGAAUCGAAGUCUGCUUUAUGCAGUUAAGGCGGUCGGUUCAUCGAAUUUUGGCGCAUGCCGGCCGUACAUAUUAAGUUAAGGUACUGGCUUGAGGCUCCGACAACAGAUGAUGGCACACCACAGUCGGAGGCACUGAAGAGCUAGACGAUACCUACAUUACCUACUUUUGGUCAGUUGACCUAAGAUGAAAAAUACCUCGAGCCAUUCAAAUUAAUCCGGUUUUAACUGAUUUCAUUUUCGAUGAGUCUCGGCCAUGAAAGUAUCAAAGGAACUCCACUUCAUCGGGUAGCUUCCCAGGGCUGCAGACAAGUUGUAGAACAACUGAUUCUAUCCGGUGAGAAAGUAGACGCACAGACUAGGCGCGGACGCUCUGCACUUCAUUACGCCUCGGAGAAUGGGCACGCAGAUAUAGUAGCGCUGUUGAUUAAAUACGGAGCUAAGGUCGACCUCCCCAACAAGUGGGGAAGGACUGCUCUUCAUUACGCAGCCAGUAAAUACAGGGUAGAUUCCUUGCAGGUCCUUCUAAAAUGUGAAGCAGACCCAAAUAAACAGGAUGUUGAUCGUCAAACUCCGCUGUUUCACGCAAUAGCUGCUUCGGUAAGGUCACAAAAAGAUGAUAAUGUUAGUCAGACUCUAAUGCAUUUGAUUUCGGGCGGUGCAGAUGUGAAUAUUCCAGACAAAAGUGGAAUAACUCCUCUCCACAUAGCAGCCGAACUCGGCGACGGAAAGAUCUGCUUCGAGUUGAUUAAGCAAGGAGGGGCGCACGUGGAUGCAAGAGACCAACAUGGGGCUACUCCCUUACACUUCGCUUCUUACCACCAUCACUGGAAUGUAAUGGAAGCCCUACUUUCGUUUGGGGCUUGCUCCGCUAUCCUAGACAACGCGGGCCUCUCGGCAGAAUUAUAUAUGCAAAAACGGAGGUACAUGACCAUUACAGAUAUGUCGAUCUACCCGGAAAACGUUUUGCAGCAAUUUCCAAGCAGAGAAUUGAGAGAGACAUUGAAUAGUCGUGUAGAAAAUAUGGGCAGACCUUGUUUCGAUGACGACAUAGAUGAUUUUGAAAAGACUCAAGUUGAAAGGGAAUUGCAUUCCGGAUUGAAAUAUGUCCCACUCUUCACCAGCGGUGUAACAGAGGAUACUGAUUUAAGUUCUUUACUCGUGCAAUUGAACGAGACGGAGGGUUUGGGGCUAGUUAAGCGGACGCCGGAAGUGGAGUUAAUAGAAGAAGACAUCAAGUUUUACAUCGAAACUGCUUUAGGAAACAUGGUCCGGGCGCAUCCAAAGUUUACUUACAAGCUUGUACAAGCCGGCAGCACUGUGGAAAACACUAAGGUUGGUGAACCCGAUGAGGUUGAUUAUAUGUGCAUUCUGACGGAACUUUCGAAAGCAUGUUAUGUUUUCGAGUCUUCCAAUGAUCCGCCUGGAUAUUUGAAAAUAUGUGUAAAAGACCGAGAGAAGGAAUCGUGGAAUGACUUCUUGGAUGAAGAUGAUUAUCUGAUUGCAGAGAGGUUGCACAUCCACUUUCAUUCCCUUUUUGACAGACACUCCGAGGAAGCUGACCUCACUGCGAUGUCCACACGAUUACACAAGCUUCGAAGCUACAGUAGCGGCCGAAAUAACGUUGGUGUUACUGUGGAUAACUCUCAGACUAAGCCUGGGUCGCGGUUGUUCUUCCUAUGGCGUGGAUGUCACUUCAAGUGGAUGAUAGUAACAGUUGAUCUCAUUCCGACUAUAGAAAUCGUUGGUUGGCCCGAUAAUGCCCUUGUACCUGCCGAAAAGGGAUUUGAAUACUACCAUGUUAUACCCAAAGUUUCGCCAACAAUCCAGAAUAGUCCCUCAGCUUGCCUGUAUUGGCGCAUUUCGACUUCCAUGGCUGAAAAACAUAUUAUAAGCAAACUAACGAGCCCUGCGCAUGCUUGCUAUACAAUAUGCAAGUCUCUAAAACAAAUUUCUGAUCUGGACGUGUUGUUUCACGAAAACUCAUCUUCUAAGGAACUGCAGAUGCUAUCGCAAACUCUUCAACACUUACGGUUGUACGAUGGCUUUAUUAACUCUUAUCUAAUCAAAAUGAUCUUUUUCCGAGAGAUCGAGAAUUGUAAAGUGACUUCGGGUUGGAGUUGGCAGACUGUCGGAAACUGGGUGUUACAUAUACUUGCUACAUUGCUGGAGGAGCUGAAACGCCGUCAUGUUUCGUCGUAUUUUCUUCGAAAUUAUAACGUGUUGAACGUUGAUGGUUUGAAACAUUCUGUCAACGAACACCUAAUACAUUCAGUGGGACAAAAUAAUCUCGAUCCCCAAUCGCAAAAAAUGUUGCAAAUUACUGCUCCGACUUUGUGAUUUCGUCAGAUCUUUAUUAACUUAACAUUACGUUUUACCUUUGUUCAGAUUGAUCCUUUAAUUUUCAUGAGUGACCAAGACAGAAUUUUUCCUUACAACAUCAAUACAAUAUUGAGGAGACAAGUAAUAAGAACAAAGAAUAAUAUAAAUUAGGGGAUUAUUCGUUGAUCUAUCGCCAAAUUCUCCAUACUAACCUCAUAAGAAUUAUAUGGCAGACAGUAAGGAGAAUUGCUAAGGAGAUCUUGGGAGUGAAAGGGUCAAGGAUUACACUCGCCUCCGACAUGUAAAUUUUCAGCAUGGCCUUCCCCCCUCCCCCCU